AUGGACUCUAGUAAGCGACGCGCUGAUGUAGCGGAGUCAGUGCAGGUAAUUGGGUUCGGCCGCCCAUGGCGAUUCUCUUACGGUAUCACUGCGGGAGAAGUGAUCGAUUUCAUGGCUCACAAGCUGGACCGGCCAGCCAAGGACAUAGCGAUCGAGGAUACCACUGGAUCCUUCAUAGUAAGCAGGCAAACUGAGCUGCUCCUCGGGCAUAGGUACGUUUUCACACUAGUGCGCAAACCAGAUACCGCUCCGAAGCGAACCUUUGCCGUAGGAGGUAUUACGGAUCCCCAGAAACACUACUACGUACCCCCUGAUGUUACUCAGCUUGUGGACAAGCUGAAGCACGGCAAGUAUUGUGUUCUAUGUGGCGCACGACAAAGCGGGAAGAGCACCAUGGCAAUGGCUGUGAAGAGGGAGUUAUCACUUGAUCCAGAUAUCUGUGUGGUGUAUUUGGACAAGGUGUCAGUGGAUAAAAGCUGGAGCAGGAACAGGUUCUGGGCUGCGCUUUGCGACCAUCUUCAUGGAAAAUGUGCUGAUUUGUUCCCGGCUAGGCUUACAGGCGAAGAAUGCACAGAUUGGAGCUUCAGGUCGUUGUUUCUUGUGAAGAACCUGCCGAUCAAGGUUACACUCAUUAUAGAUGAAGCCGACGCGUUGCUCUCAGCCUCUCCGGAUUGCCUUGACGAUUUCUUCAGCACUCUCAAAGGGAUUAGAGACGAUGACGACUACAACUUCAACGGUGUCCUUCUGGUUGGUGUUGAGACUGUCAAGGAUCUUCUUGAAGCUCAAUACUUGAGGCGGCCUGAAGAUGCAGCGGAGCUAAACAGGGUCUAUGUACCGAGUAGUGCGCCCAGCCUGUAUUCGCCUUUCUCGUACAGUUUCCUUUCGGAGCCAGUGAGGUUCUUAGUAGGCGAUGUUGAGAACCUGCUGCAGCAGGCACAAGCCGACCUCCAAGGAGUACAGAUUGAGAUUGAGCGGAUUGCUACGUCGGUCAUAGAAUUGACAGGCGGUCACAAAGGGAUAGUCGGUUCAUGCUUGGACUACUUGGUGGACAGGGAGCUGUGGACUAGCAGACAGUGGAUUGAGGCAACUGACUCGUUUCAUCUUUCGACUUAUGUUUUUGGACAGCAAACUUACUCUAAGAUUCUGUCCGCUUUCAAGAAGGGUGCAACUGGCCGUGACUUUGAUCUGCUCCUGUCGUUCCUUAAAGAAGACAAGCGUCACUGCAAUGAUCAGAUGGUGAUACUGGAGCUGCGGAAUCUCAUUGCUCAAGGUGUAUUAAUCGCACAGGAGGCAAAACCGGAUGGUUAUGACGUGCGGAUUUCUUCACCAAUGCUACGGAGUAUUAUAUUGCGAAGAUGUGUUAUCACGAGCGGUUCGGUGGACCCUCCUGCACAGGCGUUGCGCGUUGAUCCUCUGUGGGUUGUUUUCCAGGCAAUUAGAACUUUGGAUGGGGAGGCAUUGUGCAGGCCAGAGUGUAUAAAACGGACAGGGGAGUUAUCCAAGUAUUCUUACCAAUUCAUGUUGUUCACCAGGAUAAAGGCUGUUUUGACGCAAGCGUACCCCUUGGUUGAUGCGAAGCUCGUCCCUAAAGCUAAGAUAGCUGCGGAGUAUCUUGACAAAAGAGACACGCAGGAGCGGCUUGACAUCCUAGUCCGGAACAACGACAACUUUUCCAAGUUUGGCUGUGAGUUGGUUGUCAACGAUGAUGUGGAAGGUUACGUAUCGAAAGCCGAGCGGUAUGCCAAGCAGCAUUCUGCUCAAGUGUUUGUGAUUAAUGUCACAACGGAAGACUCGCCAAUAUUAGUCGUUCCAGAACACGGGUGUGUGGUUUUCCUUUCAGUACAGCUUUUUCCGAGUGGGAACAAGACCAGAGCUAAAGUAACCAUGGUGGAGACAUCGGACGUCCGAACGGAUUUCGAGUUGGAAAUGAAAAAUUGGGAUGGCAAAAUCUCGUUUGACUACCUAAUGCUGCCAAUGGGUAUGGGGGACGUGCAUGGUCGAGUUAUACUGGUUUGCAAUGAGGCCGGUGAGGCAAUUGAUGGAGGAGCUGGAGAGGAACGAAGCCGCGGGAGUGGAGUGGAGUCGCAAGGUGAGGACUCGGCCAUCAGCUUUGGUUCACGCGGGGAGGUCUCUCGAUCUAACACGGACGUGGCGACCUACCGUUUGGCCGGCGCCCAAGGCGGAGCACUGGAGUCUUUACGCGAUUAA